UGACGUGCAGCGGCUGCGGCGGGGACGCAGUGGAGGCCUGGGCUCCGCGGGCCGGCCUCUCUCGUCCUCGUCCGCCCGUCCGAAAUGCAUCCGCGGCGCCCUGACGGCUUCGACGGCCUGGGCUACCGGGGGGGCGUGCGGGAAGACCCGGCUUUUGGCGGCCCCUUCCACGCACGCUCCUUCGGUUCUGGGACGGAGCUGGGCCACUGGGUGACGACGCCCCCUGACAUCCCGGGCAGCCGCAACCUGCACUGGGGCGACAAGAGCCCCUCGUACGGCGUGCCGUCCGCGCCCGCGACGCUCGAGGGCCCCGCGGAAGAGCCCGUUCCCGGCGGCGGCGACGGCCCGCGGCCCGGCCCGAGCAGCGAACAGUUGAAUAGAUUUGCUGGAUUUGGUAUUGGACUUGCAAGUCUCUUUACAGAAAAUGUACUGGCCCAUCCUUGCAUUGUUUUACGCCGCCAAUGUCAGGUUAAUUACCAUGCUCGGCAUUAUCAUCUCACUCCGUUUACAAUUGUCAACAUUAUGUAUAGCUUCAAUAAAACUCAGGGACCACGGGCCCUCUGGAAAGGAAUGGGAAGCACAUUUAUUGUCCAAGGAGUUACACUUGGAGCAGAAGGCAUAAUUAGUGAAUUUACACCUUUACCGAGGGAGGUGUCACACAAAUGGAAUCCUAAACAAAUUGGUGAACACCUUCUACUAAAAUGCCUAACAUAUAUGGUGGCCAUGCCUUUUUAUUCAGCAAGUCUGAUUGAAACAGUACAGAGUGAGAUAAUCCGAGAUAACACUGGCAUCCUGGAAUGUGUUAAAGAAGGAAUUGGAAGAGUGAUAGGCUUAGGAGUGCCUCACAGCAAACGCCUGCUUCCGCUGCUCUCAUUGGUCUUCCCAACAGUGCUGCAUGGAGUUCUUCACUACAUCAUCAGCUCCAUCAUUCAGAAGAUUGUCCUCCUAAUUCUGAAGAGAAAGACCUAUAAUAGCCACCUAGCUGAGAGUACUAGCCCCAUGCAGAGUAUGUUGGAUGCUUAUUUUCCAGAACUUAUUGCUAACUUUGCUGCCAGCCUUUGCUCUGACGUUAUACUUUACCCAUUGGAAACCGUUCUGCAUCGCCUUCAUAUUCAAGGAACACGCACAAUAAUUGACAAUACAGACCUUGGCUAUGAAGUACUUCCAAUUAAUACGCAGUAUGAGGGGAUGAGAGACUGUAUAAAUACCAUCAAGCAGGAGGAAGGAGUGUUUGGCUUUUAUAAAGGGUUUGGUGCUGUUAUAAUACAGUAUACACUGCAUGCAGCCAUCUUACAGAUUACCAAAAUUAUUUACUCCACACUUCUUCAGAAUAGCAUUUGAGAUUUAGGUUCUGUGAUUGGCUCAUCCAAAAGAUGUGGUCUGGAUAAUUUGCUAUGAUAAUAAAAUACUGCGUGGAAAGAAAUAGGCUGGGAAUUAAGACUGGUAGAAAACCUCAUGCUGAUUAUUCUGACUUCUCAUUUUUCUUAAGGCAUAGAUACAUAUUUACAUAUAUACAUAUAUAUGUAUACUUAAAUGUAUACUUACAUAUAUGUAUAUAUGUAUAUGAUACUGGAUGGGAACCUUUCUAAAAUGGAAAACUCAAUAAAGGUAAUACUUUAAAUUUAAAAUGUAAAAUUACAUUUUAGUGUAUAACACUCAUGCUGAAGUAAAAUUGAUCCUGAAUAGAAACAAAAAUGUAUCAAGUGUAAAAUGAAAUUACAAUGACUUGAAUCUAUUUUACUGACCUUAAUAUUUGUUGUAUGUUUGUUUAACCUGGAUUCAGGUCAAUGUGUUAAUUCUUAAAGCAGUGGAUAGUAUCACGAGGCUUGACCUUUAAGCAAAUAGAUUAUAUCAUCAUUGAAAAAAACUUAUGAUUAGAUUUGGCACAUUGUAAGCAGGGGUUGAAGGGUUUUUUAUUGUAUGUAAUAAUUUUAUUUGCUGUAUAUAUUUAUUAUACGGAGCCAUUUGUGUGUGUGUACUUGUAACUUGGGAUUUCCUUCAUCACUGCAAGUUCAUAGACCUGCUUAUUGCAUCAAAUGAAAGUAGACACUUUCUGCUUGAACAUCAAGAAUAAGACAUCAAAACACCAGGAAAUAGCUUUCUUGUUUGCAUCACACCCAGCGUUGCAGUGCCAGAAACUUGAAAUUUAUUGUAUGCUUGUGAUGUUUGGAUCAUCAGAUGAUUGUAGAGCUACUUUUAGAGAUACCUAACAAUCAUGGCAGCCAUUACCAUUUGCACACUUAACCUUAAGGAGCCUCACAUGUCUUUCAUUUCUAAAAGAACUUAUCUUAAAGGGAACACAAUUAAAGUUCUCCUGGGAAUUUGUGCCUCAUGCUCAUCUUAAAUAAUGACUGCAGUCUUUCUUGUUUUUUUCCUUUUUUUUCAUGUGUGUGUGUGUGUGUAAAGUUUUAUUCUUCAAAUGAGCUCUCCUGAAGAUAAAAAUCCUCAUUACUUUUUAUUUAAACUUGCUUGGAGUAUUCAAGAAAAACAGAAACCUCAUAGGAAAUUUGCCCUUACGUGUAAUGAAGGAGGAGGGAGAGUCAAUAUAUUUCAACAAAUGAAACUUGUUUAUCAGUUUAAUAAAACAAAAGUUGAUGUGUGUACCUAUAGUGGAUUAGGUUUUGUAAUAAAGUAAUAUCUAGUUCGUUGAUUACUCAUGCAACAUUUAACAUUUCAUUUCUUUACAAGUAUCAAAUUUACAAACACUCUCCAGUGCAAUGCCUGCAGAUGUCACUCAACUAGAAAUGCAUGCAAACUGAAAGUGGUGUUACAUGUUAAAUGUUGCAGGGAGCGUUACUUUUAUGACUGCUAAGAGCGGGAGCUUAACACGGACACUUAAACGCACAAAGUAAUGUGUAAGUAGCAGCUGUCCAUACCAGCCAGCCUGUGUUGCUAAGUAAUGUCUACUGUUCAAUUCCUCAAAAAGGGAAAAUAAAUGCUGUUGAUUACA